AUGUUUACUAAAAUAAUGUGUACAAUACUUCAAUACCACUUUAAUGUUUGCCGAAAGAUCAGCGCUCUGUCCGCUAGGCUAGUGAUGGGAGUGCCGGCAUUCUUCCGAUGGCUGUCGAAGAAGUAUCCGUCGAUUGUUGUCGAGUGCGACGACGGCGUGAAAGGAAAGGCACACUUCGACAACCUAUACCUCGACAUGAAUGGCAUUAUCCAUCCGUGCAGUCAUCCCGAGUAUAAGGCGGCGCCCGAGACCGAGGAGGAGAUGUUUGUGGCCAUCUUCGAGUACAUCGAGAGGAUUAUGACGAUCGUGAAGCCCAAGAAGUUGCUGUACAUGGCUGUGGACGGCUGCGCCCCCAGGGCUAAGAUGAACCAACAGAGGAGUCGCCGCUUCCGCGCCUCUCAGGAUAACGCUUUGCGCCAAUGGAUCGACGAGAAGCUCAGCGCCGACAACGAGGACAGGGAUGGCCUCUGGCCUAAAGACAUGGUUGUCAUUCUGUCGGACGCGUCCGUUCCCGGAGAGGGAGAGCACAAAAUCAUGGAAUAUAUCCGCAAACAAAAGGCACAGUCGGCCACAUAUGAUGCCGAUCUGUCGCACUGUCUGUACGGCGCGGACGCCGACCUAAUUAUGUUGGGUUUGGCCACUCAUGAGCUCAACUUCACGAUCUUGAGAGAGGAGUUCAAACCGAAUCAACCGAAACCGUGCGAUAUCUGCAACCAAUUGGGACACGACAUGAAGGAGUGUUUGGGGACUGAGAGGCCGCCCGACGACAUGGAGGCGCUUCUGCCUCAGGAGCCGGAAUUCAUUUACAUUCGUUUAUGUGUUUUACGCGAAUACUUGGCGAAGGAGUGCUCGGGAUGUGCCGUCCACUUGGAUUUGGAGCGAUUUAUCGACGAUUUUGUCUUCUUAUGCUUUUUCGUCGGAAACGACUUUUUGCCGCAUUUGCCGUCUCUGGAGAUCCGAGAGAACGCCAUCGACCGACUCAUCAGUAUUCACAAAGAAAACGCCACCAAAUAUCCGAAUCCAGACAACCCUUAUCUCACGAAAGAUGGAUCCGUUUUCAUGGAAAGAGUUCAAUACGUUCUGCAAGAGUUGGGAACAGCGGAGGACGAGAUCUUCAAAGCGAGACAAGAGAAUGAGAUUCGGUUUAAGGAGAGACGUAAGCGACAGAAACUUCACACCUUUAAUCUGAACAACCGAUGGGCGCGACCGGAGGCCGUCGGCGGCCGCGGAAGUAGACCCCAAGCCUUCGACAACACCCGCAACGAAGCCUAUCAGAUGAGAAUGACUCCAAAUGUGCUGUUAAAUUCGCGGCGACUACGAGUUUCUGCCGCCCUGACCGCGACUUUCGUGACUGUUGAGGUUGUGGCCGCUGAAAAAGCGCCCGAAGAUUCGGAUUCGGAUCCCGAAGACUUGGUACAGCUCUAUACCGAAGGCUGGAAAGAGCGGUACUAUAACCACAAGUUUGACUGCACUUCGACAACAGUCGAAGAGAUUAGUUCAAUGGUUGCCCGCGAGUACAUCAUUGGCUUGAGUUGGGUUCUGCUGUACUACUAUCAGGGAUGUCCGGACUGGAAGUGGUUCUAUCCCUUCCAUUACGCGCCGUUUGCCAGCGAUUUCAAGAACAUCGCUAGCGUUGAAGUGAAGUUCGACCGCAAAGCUCUGCCAUUCAAUCCGUUGGAACAGCUGAUGAGUGUCUUUCCGGCCGCUUCGUCGCAGAAUCUGCCGCCGACGUGGAGACGACUCAUGAGUGACCAGCAGUCGUCGAUCAUUGACUUCUAUCCCAACACUUUUAAGAUCGAUUUGAAUGGAAAGAAGGCCGCGUGGAUGGGCGUCGCUCUCCUCCCCUUCAUCGACGAGAGCCGUCUCUUCAAUGCUCUCAAAAAAGUCUAUUCAAAUCUGACUGAAGAGGAAAGAGAGAGGAAUGCCAGAGGAAAUCAUCUCAUAUUCGUAGCGAAGAUUGAGUCCGAUUUCUCAGACUUUUCCAAACAAGUGGUCGAGUCUUCGGCUCAAAUGGAUGUUCCCAUAAAUCCUGAACUGUUUCGCGGUAUCGCAGGAACUCUGGCCAAGAGUGAGUCCUUUACGUCGCGCUAUAAGCGAGUGUAUUGUGCCGUAUAUAAGGAUCCGGUCUAUGACCCGGACUUUGUAUUCCCGGCCAUUCGUCUGUCGAACGCAAAGGCGCCCGAAGUUGUGCUCAGACCCGAAGACUUGGAGAAACUGGAGCGCUAUAACUGGCGGCCAACCAUUGGUAUGAGACGUCACGACCAAAAAGCACACGUCAGCGAAGGAGGAAUGAGAAUGUUUUCGCACUCAUUCUCAAGAGAACAUUCCUCUUAUGGCAAUCAAUACCACCGAAACAGUGACGACAACUUCGGACAGUAUCAGAAUCCAUACAAUCGACAACAUCUGGCCAGAGAUCAGCAGCAGCAACAACAGGGAUACAACAGCUAUUACAGGGCUCCGGACUCUUACCGUUCAAAUCAAAACAACUAUCGUUCGUCGCAAUCGAGUCAACAGAACUCUUACCGCACUUCAGAUCAGUCCCAAUAUCCCAGAAACGACUAUCAAAGACAACAAAAUCGAGGCAACGAUAAUUGGCGUCAAAGCAAUCAGCCGUCAAACAGCUAUCAAAGCAAUCAAUCGUCUUAUGGCUCGCAAUACAACCAAAGGAAUACCAAUGCAUACCAGAGCUAUGACGGGAACGGCAGGAAUCCAAGACAACAGCGUCCGUACGAUCAGCAGCAGAGGAAUUAUCCACAAACUCCUUAUUACGGCGCGAAUACCAACCAAAACAACAGACGCGAAGAUCCCUGGAAUAGACGCCAAUGA